GCCGGGGCCCUUCCCAGUCCUGCACCUCGUCGGCGAGCGCACCAGGCGCAGCCAGGCUGCCGCAGCCGCCGAGCACAGAGAAGCAGAGGCCCCGCGGUGCGGCCCCACCAUGAGGCUGCUGGCCCUGGCGCUGCUGUGCGCCCUGCUGUCCGGCCCCUGCAGCGGCGAGGACCCAGAGGCUGAGAACAAAACCACUCCCGCGCCAGUGCCACCCACUCUGCGGGCAACAGAGAUGCCUGGGUCAGGCGCCACAUCGCCGCUGCCCCAUCCUGGCUCCACGCGGCCCUCCGGAGCCCCCGCGGCAGUAGGAACCACGGCGAAGGAACUCUCCACCGCCUCUCAGCUCACAGCCCGUCCUUCAGUCAGCCCAGCCGUUAGUGGGACAGGAGCCGCAACCUCUGGAGUCACGAAGGCGUCCCCCACGCCUCAGCACUCACCCGCAGCGACGAGUCUUCCGCUGUCAAAUGCUGUUUCAACAUCACAAAGUGUCCAGGCCAAGACCGAGAAUCAGAGUUCGCUGGCAACAACAGGAAAGACAGCCAGCACCCUGCAGCCGGGCGCGCCCACAGCCAGCACCCCCCCCGGGACGGCGGCGACAGCUCUGGACACCAGCUCACAGCCUGCAGUGGGGGGCACCGAGAACCCCAGCAACGCCAGCUCCUCCUCUGCGAACCCCUCGUACUCCAGCGUGGUCCUGCCGGUGGUCAUCGCCCUGAUCGUGAUGACUCUGUCGGUGUUCGCGCUGGUGGGCCUGUACCGCGUGUGCCGGAGGCGAGACCCGGGUCCACCGGACAGCGGGAACGACCAGCCGCCGUCUGAGAAAGAAAGUGUGAAGCUUCUCACUGUCAAGACAAUUUCUCACGAAUCUGGUGGGCGUCCUGUGCGCGGGACCAGCAGGACCUGACGCGGGAGGCCCCGGCAGUGAGCACGCCUCGCCUUCGGCUGCUAGCGCCGCCAGGACGGAGGAGCCGCGCGGAGCGCGCGAGGGCGGCGGC